AUGGACUGUUUGCGUGCGCCAGCGCCAUUUCUAGUGGCGCCAGGACGGCCGACCACGCCCUGGUCCCAGUGGCUUGGCGAGUUCAGGAUUUUCGCCGUGGCGAGUGGUUGGGACGAGUGGACUGUUCAGCGACGAGAGGCCCUCCUAUUACACUGUGUGGGACAGGAGGCGCGGCGUCUCUAUUUCGCGGCGGCGAAACCGGCGCAGGGCGUGGCACCGGGAGCGCAGGAGGCGGCGAUUCCGGCGCAGGAGGAAGAUGGCGUCAAGGAGGAAGGACAACCGACUGCAGCAGUCGACCCGGUGGCUGCGAUCUCUGCAGUGUUUCAGCGGCUGUUUCCGGAGACACGAGCGACUCAUUCCGAGAGAAUGCUGUUCCGGCGGUGUUACCAGCUGGACAGGUCUCCAGCGGUGUACCUCACUGAGCUGCAGGACCUGAGUUCCAGGUGCGCCUUCGGCGAUCUCCGGGAGCAGCUGACCUGUGAGCAGUUCAUCGAGGGCUGCAGGGACGACAGGUUGAGGGAGCGGCUGUGUCGGGAGCCAGCUCUGACUGUGUUGCACAUCCUCGAGGUGGCUGAGGAGCUGGAGGUGGCUGCUGAGCGACAGCGGCUGGUGGGUGGAGGUGGAGCUACCCGUGCAUCAACCUCUUCCCCGGCUCAGCUGGAGAUAGCCGCAGUGACUGCUCCCAGGAAGGGGGUCUCGCCGUGCUCCAGCUGUGGCGGUCCCCACCGGACUGCUGAUCCCUGCUGUCCAGCUCGUUGGAGAAGGUGUCACAACUGCCAGCAGAAGGGCCACUACGCCAGAUUCUGCAAGGAACCACCUAAGAAGACGAAGCAGACCAAGAGGAAGCCAGUAAGGACCGUUGAAGUGCUGGCCGUGACGGAUGACGACCGGAAGAACCUGUGGACCGAGCUGCGGGUGGACCAGCAGCCACUGCGGAUGCUGGCUGACACUGGCUCGGCCGUGAGCAUCCUGCCGUUGUCCAUCUACAGGAAGCAGUUCCGCCAUCUGCCCCUCCUGCCCACUGCAGUGCGCCUGGAGGCCUACGGAGGGUCAUCGCUGCUAGUGCAGGGGGUGGUGCAGGUGACGGUGCAGGCGGAGAACGGCAACAGCUCCCAAGUUUCACUGUAUGUGGUAGACGCUGGCGUGCCCCUGCUGGGCAGAGAUCUGCAGGAGAAGCUGAAGUUGUCCGUGAUUCACGGGGCGACUGUGUGUGCUAUCAAGGAGGAGCAGAUGCCAGAGGAGCUGCCGAGUCUCACUGGGUUCGUGCACAGGGUGAGACUGAAGACGGAGGUCAACCCAGUACAGCAGCGGCUGAGACCUCUACCGUACGCCGUGAGGGAAGAGGUGCGGGAUCAUCUGUUGAAGUUGCAACAGGCUGGAGUCAUCGAACCAGUCGACGCAUCCCCAUGGAUCUCCCCCAUAGUGGUGUCCAGACGGCGGAACGGGAAACUGAGGCUGUGUGUGGAUCUUCGAGAGGUCAACAAGGCGGUGGAAGCCAGCGGACAUCCACUCCCCGACAUGCAGGACAUGUUGGAACAGCUUCAGGGUGCAACCAUCUUCAGCAGCCUCGAUAUGAAGUCAGCAUACCAUCAGCUGGAUCUGCAUCCGGAUUCAAGGUCGCUGACGACGUUCAUCACCCAUCAGGGACUGAUGAGAUACAGGAGGUGUCCCUAUGGGCUGAAGAGUCUGCCACAGGCGUUCCAGAAGGUAAUGGAAGCCAUCCUUCGUGGUCUGGAAGGAGUGCAGGUGUACCUAGAUGACGUCAUCAUCUACGCUGCGACCUCCAACCAGCACGAGAGGCGGCUGACGGCUGUGCUGAAGAGGCUCAGGGAGCACCGGAUCACGCUCAACAUCGAGAAGUGCAAGCUGAGGAGAGAGCAAGUGGAGUUUCUGGGGUUCAUCAUCUCCAAGCAGGGGGUGGCAGUGAACCCAGACCGCAUCAAGGCUCUCCGAGAACUGCGAGCACCUGCUAGCCUGAAGGACCUGCAGGCCAUGCUUGGCCUGUUCGGCUUCUACAGCCGAUUCGUGCCGGCGUACAGCACGCUGGUGGAGCCACUGCGGUGCCUGCUGAGGAAGGGGGCGCCACCCUUCCAGUGGACUGGCGAACUUCAGGCGGUGAUGGACGACGUCCGGCGGCGGAUCCUGGACAGCAGAGCGCUGGCCAUGUACGACCCAACGCUGCCGACCCGAGUCACCACAGACGCCAGAGCAGAGGAAGGCGAACUGGAUGAUGAUGUCGUGGCGGUGGCGGCAGUGACUGCCCAGCUCGGAGCAGUGCGGCGGGACGAGCUGCUGGAAGCGACACAGACUGACCCAGUGCUGUGCCAGCUGGUGCAGCAGAUCCCACGGCGGUGGCCGCGACGGCGCCGCGACUGCCCGGCAGAGCUGCAGCCCUUCUACAACUGCCGAGAGGAGCUCAGCCUAGUGGGAGACCUGGUCGUCCGCGGUCAGCGGGUGAUCGUGCCGGCGGCGCUGCGGACGAGGAUGGUGUCCCUGGCUCACGAAGGACAUCAAGGGAUCGUCCGAAGUAAGCAGCGGGCUCGUGACAUCUACUGGUGGCCCAAGAUGGACACGGACAUAGAAGAGGCGGUGAGAAACUGCGACGUGUGUGCCGACGUGGACAAAUCGGCUCGGACUCGCAGUGCGCCGCUACACCCUGUGCCGCUGCCAGGAGCGGCAUGGGAGAAGGUGGGCGUGGAUUUUAUCGGCCCAAUGGAAGCGCGCCGCCAGCACCGAUACGCGGUAGUGCUGGUAGACUACUUUUCCAAAUGGAUAGAAGUCGGCUUCUGCACAGAACCCAGCACGGAGGCGGUGGUGCAGUUUCUGGAGACGUUAGCAUCUCGAGAAGGUUACCCGAAGGAGCUGGUGUCCGACAACGGGACACACUUCACCUCAGCAGCGUUCACAGACUACCUGAGGAGUGUCGGCACGCGCCACAUCCGGGUCACGCCGUACCACCCUGCCGGGUCAGGUGCGGUGGAGCGUGCGAAUCGCACAGUGAAAAGUGCUCUCCAGGCGGCGGACCGGAGCGGCGAAGAUCGAGCGUCUUACCUGCAGAAGUUUCUGCAGACGUACAGGAGCACGCCUCACGCCACGACGGGGCUGAGUCCAGCCGAGCUCCUGCACGGACGGAAGCUGAGGACACGUCUGCACGCGGCGGCUCUUCCCACGGAAGAACCGCAAGAUCGUGAGCUGCGAGACAGAGUGCAGAAGAGGCAGAAGAAGCAGAAGAGGUACGCUGACGCGCGGCGUGCAGCUGAGACACCACGGUUCCAGGUCGGCGACUGGGUCCGGUGCCGGCUGGUGCCGCGUCCCAAGAAGGGACGGCCACGGUACUCCGAGCCGAGACGGGUGGAGUCUCGCCUGGGACCAGUCAGCUACAGGCUAGAUGACGGCUCCCGGAUCCACGCAGAGCGGCUGACGACAGCUCGGGCGCCGCAGCAGUCUCAGGCUGAGCUGCACGUGGGUCAGAGCGGCCAGCCGGGGGCUGGUCAGCGGAGUGCGGUGUCUCCGACGUCUGUGCCUCGCCGCGGGGAGCGGCUGGAGGCCGACGACUGGCGGCACGCGGAGGAUGGCGUGCCACUGGAGGACGGACAGGCUGUGUCACUGGGGGUCGGCCGGCGGCACACCGAGGCCAGCCGGGGUCCCGCGGAGGACGGCGUGGCUGUGUCACCGGAAGACGCAGAGGACGCUCGGGAGCGGGAGGCGUCACCACCUCCGGCGACGGAGCGGCAGGCAGAGCAACAAGACGCUGGCGUACUGCUGUCGCCGCGCGAGGCAGCGAGCGGUGCCGGGCUGGUGGCGGUCGAACCUGCUCUCCAGCCGGGCGCGAGAGUGAACUCCGGGACGCAGCCGUUGCCAGAAGGCUCUCAAUAA